UUAAUUGUCUGUCAUGAAUAUCGAAUGUCAUCUUAAUCGUUAAUGUUUCUGGCAAUCGUACUAUUUGUCUUUUAUUUGAAUGUGAUCUUACAUUAAAGAUAAAAUUGCAGCAUUAUCACCAUUUGUGGCGUAGUAAUCGCUAAGUCAAUAUCAAACUAUUUUCGUUCACAAAGUGAAAUUACUUCAAGAAAACUAUUCUCAUUAUUGUUUUUUUAGCAUUGUUGUAUAAAUAAAACGAUGACUUAUUAAAGAAUGUCGUGUAAUACGUGUGAAGCAAAGUUUACAUUUUUUAAAAAAGAACAUGCUUGCCCUACUUGUGGUUUCUCCUAUUGUAGCAAGUGUCUGAAAUAUCAACAUAAUGUACCAAAUAAAUCAGUAAAGAAGAUUUGUGGACGUUGUUACAACAAGAAUAAAUCUAUAAAUAAAUUAAGCAACAAUAUGGAAUCUCCAUCUUCAGAUACCUCUGAUGGUCCUUUAGCACCAGUUGACAUAGCAAGAAAAUUGGAUUCGUUGGAAAAUCCAUCUAAGCCUCCCAUAGUUAUGUACACUCAUGCGAAUCAUUGGGAUAAAUUUAAAACUGGUUUGGAGCCUGCUGAUCAAGAAAUAGUAGAUCGAUUAAGAAAAUUAAAAGGAGAAGACAAUAAGGUACCAUUGCCCAGUGUAGAAGAGAUCAAAAGAAGAUUGGCGAUAUUGAAAGAUGAAGAACCUGAAGAGAAAAAAAUUAAUAUUCAGAAGGUUGACAGUAGAACAGAUCAAGAAAAAACUGACGACUUAAUAAAAGAAUAUCUCGAAAGACUUAAAUUAUCUUCUAAAAAUAAUCCGGAUAAAGAAAUAGAAGCAAGACUGCGAGCACUACAAGAUAUUAAUAAUUCUAGAUCUAACUCAACUCCAGGUCACAGUUGUAAUAAUUUUGACGAGGAUGACGAGCAUGCUGUAACGAAGAAGAUCAUUGAAAAAGCACUGGCUGAGGCAGCUCUCGAAAAAAAAUAUGAAGAAGUGGGUGAACUCGAAGAAAUGGAAGUAGAGACUGGAACACCAAGCGACGACGAAGACGAAGAAAAACCCGUCUGCGUAAUGUGCGAUCAAACAAGUGACUUGGUAAAAUGCAGGGGAUGCAGCGAUGAUGUUUAUUGUUCGAUAUGCUUUGAAGAAAACCACGAUGACUUUGAAAUGAAAAAGCACAAAAAAGUACCUUUGAAGUAUACAGGCAGCAUGAUACCAGAAUAAAUAUUUUAUGAAGUAUUAAUUGCACGAAGCUAAAUAUUUGUCCUUUUAAUAUUUGGGACGCUUUUCAUAUUUUACGCAUACUCGUAUCAGUCGGUCCACAUUUUUAAACAACUAAUAUUGCAAUAUUAUUUUAAACUAUAAUAAUUGCUUCAAUAUUUAUAAAAGUCAUGCUUAUUGGAUAGCAUAAAAAUUAUACGAUGUCACUUUGAAUAAGAUAUAAUCUUCAAUUAAUAUGUUUAUAUAACUAAACACGACAACACCAAUAUUGCUUAUUUUUUAUAGUCGAUAUUUAUCAUUUCGUAUAGUUUAGAAACAAGUGCACUUUUAAAUAUAAUAUGUUUUACACGGCUCACAAUGUGAACAAUAUAUGUGAUCGAAAUAAAGAUUUUGAUAGGAUGAAGAUUUUACGGGAUAAUUACGUAUAGAAAAAUUCUGUACUUUAACGUAGGACAAAGAUUCUCAAAAGACAAUUAAUUUGACGAAAUAAUUGUAAAAACAAUUAUAACAUUUAGAACAAGUUAUAAACCUGAAACAAACUUUGGUAUCUUUGAUCUACAUUAACUUAUUAACAUAUUAAGUAUUAUAGAUAUACUUUAAAAAAACAGAAAGCUAUUUCUUCGUGAAUAUUUUUUAUACUUGUGUUUAGCUCUCAAUAUGAGAAACGGUUAUCAAUUUGCUUUUUAAAAUAUUUGUGAUUGCUGAACAUGUUAUGUAUAUUUGUAUUAGGUAAGAUUUUAUCAAGAUUAUUAUUAUAUUUAAAUAAACUUUUUUUGCUACAAUAUUACUGAACAAAAUAUACAAUAGUUUGCUUUCAAAC